GGCAAUACGACAAUUUGUAGUUGUCAAUCUCCCUAAAUACUGAUUCUUGUAUAACAAUCACGUCUCCUCCAGCUCUCCAUCUCAAAGUGAAUCAAUUGUUUAAUCUACCUAUAAUACCACCACCAACCCCACUACUCAAACACACACUUUCGCCACCCUUCAACACCACAUCAACAUAUCGAUCACAUACCAAACCACCAUCCAAACCCGAGAAUCCACCAUGUCAACCCAUCAAACUCACCCCUCCACCACCAAAACACCCCACUCCCCCCUCUCCGUCACGCCCCUCGAACCCGACGCACAAGCACCCAUCCUCCGCUCUCCCCUCGACGACACAUCCGCAGACCCACACUCCGCGGUCUUCAAGUCAGAGCAGGCACAAGGGCUGGCUCAUCGCGCUGCUGGUGAGGGGGCUGGAGGGAAGGAAGAGGGGAAGGAGGGGUGGAAGCCGAAGUAUGGACGUACGCAGAGCUGGGAUAAGCAGGAUUGGAAGAGGGCGUUGCAGAUGAGUGGGGUGGGGGAGGGUGAGAAGGCGGGGUUUUCGGAGAAGAAUGGGGGUGCGCAGUAG